CCCACUAUAAUUUUGUGUUAGUUAUAAGUAGAUUAGAUUAUAAUUAUUUUUUUUAGUAAUUUUCCUCUUUGUUUUAGUAUUCUUUCAUUUUUCAGUUCUGUGUUUUUUUUUUUCCAUUUCAUAUAGAUUAGUUUAAAUUCAAUCUUGUUUAAUUUAGAUAAUUAGAUUUUCUUUUCCUUUUAGCUAAAAAUAUUAAGGUUGCUGUUUAAUAUGCUCUUUCGUUAUGUUCCUUAGUCUAUCUUGAAUGCUCAUGUUUGCAGUAGCUAAAGUUGGAAAGAAGUUAUCUCGUUUGGUUGGAAACAACUUAUCCCGGGAUAACUAAUUCCGGGAUAAGUUAUCCCGGAAUUAGUUAUUCCAUCCUCAAGGUGGGAUAAAAAAACACUCUAAUCUAUCCCGAGUUUUUUUCCAACUAAACGUGGGAUAAGGCGGUACUAAUUUUAUCCUAGGACUAUUUUUCUCUAUCCAUCGUACCAAACGAGCCCUAAGAGGUUAAAACUUAAUCAGCCGCCUUCUUUAAUCUAAAAAAGGGCUAAGUAUUAUCACUACCCAGUUCUGAGUGUAGAUUAAAACAUUGAGUAGUUGUUCAUGAUUAAGUUUUAUUGGUUUAGAUGUUUAACUUCCUUUCAAUGCAAAUGUAAAACAUGAUUUAGCUCCUUUUCUGUUUACAUUUUCAGUUUGUUAGCUCUACAAAUGCCUGCGUGAUUAAACUCCAACUUUAUACUCAUUAUUAAAAUCCUUUUCUUGGUUUUUGUUUGUUAUAGUUCACUACUUCCCAUGUAGUAUAGAAUACAUUGUUGGUCUUCUGUUGCUUUCCUUCUUUAUAUGGUUCUGUGCAUAUGUGUUUCGUAUGUAUGAAUGCAUGUAUUUGUGCACCUUGUUGAGCUUAUUUCCAUCUUCAAAUUUAUAGUAUCAUGAAUCGUUUACAACUUUUCUUAUGUGUUCUUUAUAUGUUUAAAUGAAUUUAAUCUAAACGGAUGAACUUAUUCAAAGAUUUGGGCUGCUAGAUCUUGUGAGGAUUCAGUUUCUAGUUUUUAGAACAAGGGUGUUUACCUCCCUGUUAAGUGGGAAGUUUUUGUGCUUUCUCGAUAAUGCUUUCUUUAUUCUGAGAAUCACCUUGGAUCUGUCCUAAGUUCUAAAAUGGAUUAUGUUUUUCCCUCAGUAAUGACUAAGUUUAACUCGCUAAGUUUCGAGAGAUCUUAUGUAGAAGUUUGUGUCUAAUUUAAAUUAACCUGAUUAGGUCCAAACAGUGGUUUUUUGUUUCAGUCCUCUUUUGCUUCCCGGUUUAAAGAAGCAAAAUGAUGGUUAUUAUGAUCUCUUAAGGUAUAAUCUAUGUUUGAGGUGUUGUUUUCUUCGAGGUGUUUGUUUGGCUGAUAGUUUAAGUCAGAAUCCGAGUCCAUGUUUAUGGUAUAGCUUGAAGUUCAUGGUCCCAAUCUCUGUUUGUUGUGCCUCUGCUAAGUUAAAAAAAAAAAUAAAAAAAUAAAAAAAUUUAGUGUUCCUUUAAGCUUUUUGUGCAAAGAAACCCGUUUGGUGGAUCCAUAAGAUUUUCUCUGGUUUCCUUGUUCGAAGUUCUGUUAUUCUCUGUGGUUGCUAAUUGAUUGGCUUAAGACAUAUUUUGUUUCUUUCUUUUAAAAUGAUUUAAGCUCCAGUGAUGUACCAUCUAAAUUUCAAGUUUCAUUGUUGAUAGCUAAAUGGACUUUUGACUUUAGUACACAAAAUCCGUGUUUUCUGAGUCUAUCUCCAUGUUAAGAUUAGUACUAUUACUAGCUCCUUUUGGUUUAUAUGCUAAUCAAGGUGAAGUAAGGGAUCAGAGACAAUAGUUAAGUUAGAAAUGAAUAGGGUGGUUUGGGGCAAGAGCGAUAGAGAAGAUGCAAGGCCAGCAUAUUUGUUUAUUAGAAAACUUCAUUAACUUCUUAGAAACUUCAUUAUGCUACUUGAGUUAGUUAGGUAAAGAUGAAAAGACAGGACACUAGUAGUAGUAUAUUUUGUUGUGUAACAGUAAUAGAAGUAAUACAUGUUGUAACAAUAUUAGUAAUAGUAGUAGAUGUAUGCAACCUCAGGAGUACUGCAGUCUAGAAAGGUUCUAGUAUAGAUAUGGUGCAAAGUUCUUAAGAGUUAUUUCUCAUCUGUUUUCUUUUGAAACAACUAAAGUGUUGGUGUGUUUACAGGUUUAUAGCAAGCUAGCAAGAAUCCAGUCUAGAAAGGUUCUAUUAGAUAUAGUGUAAAGUUCUUAAGAGUUAUUUCUAAUGCCUCUUAAUUCAAAUCCGUUUCUAUGAACUUUGUACAACUGGUCUCAACUCCAAAAUAGAAGACGAAUGCUGCUGUAAAACUAAUAAAAGUAAGAAGAAUUUGUAAAUAUUGGGGGGAUUAAUGAAACUUGAAAAGAAAAUUAAAUUUCUCACAGGACUUCCCAGUAGAUGUCUACUCUAAUUGCAUUCAAUCAGCAAACACCUGGAAUACUACUGUUUCAUAAUCCAAUGGCAAAAAGAAAACCUCACAAGGCCACAACUCAAAUCAAAGCUCAUAAAACUGAGUAAAUAAUCCCAAAUUUCAGCAUUGAAUUCAUAAGAGGAAUCAUGAAGGUCCUUCAGGUCUACAAUCAGUUGUUUACAUCUCCUUCCUAAAUCUCCUUCAUCAAGAUCGAUUAUAUAACAAUGAUGUAAGUCAAGCGAUUCAAGGUGUGGACAGCCAUCAAGAACGGCAUGCAGACCUUCAUUUGACAAGUCCUUAAAACUCGUUUGAUCAAUCUUCCUUUGUUUCUUCUGUCUUCUCCAUAUCUUCCUUGGUUUCUUCUUCAUUAACUUCACCUGAAUCUGACUAUGUACAAUGACCAUUUUAAGAGUGGGAGAUUAUUAGAGUUGGAAGCUCAGUAUAACACAUGAUCAUAAACUCCCUUUAAAGAUUUAACCUAUCUAACUUUAACCGGACAACCUUUGUUGAAAACGUUCCCCUGCUAAUACAAAUAAUCUGUUGUAUUUCUAACAGAUUUCUAUCACAAAUUGUCCCAACAUUAAAGAACAAACGUUUCGACCAAGGUUAUUUAUAUUAUAAGAGAUUAAUGCUGUUGUAGAAGCAGUGUUAUUAAAGGCGAGCGCCUUCUCGCCUUUGGCGAGAGGCGAGGCAAGGCGUGGCUGCUGCGCCUUUCAUGGCCAUGGCGAGCAGACCUUCAAAAGGCGCGCCAAUGGCGAGAAAGGCGCUAAUGGCGCAUGGCGAGGCGAGCUGGAAAGGCGAGGCGACCAGAAUUUAAGAAAAAAACAAUUAAAAGAAGUGGAGGACUUAAAUAAAGUGGAGGACUCUUUUCAUGUCCCCUUUUCCCGUUUUGUUGUCUGCCACUAAUUUGUUUUCUUUAUUUAAUAAAUAAAAGCUCCACUAAGUUCUUAGUGGAAAGUUUCAGGUAUGUCUCUUUCUCUUUCUUGUUUUUCUUCGGUUCUUCUUCUUUCUUCUUCUUUCUUCCUCCUGUAUUUUCGACUUCUGCUUCUUCGUCUGUUCUUCUUCUUUCUUCUUCUUUUUUUUCCGGCGACAAUUGGCCUAUUUCCGGCCACCUCUGGUUUUUUUUUUCCUUCUUCUAUUCUCUUCUUCUUUUUCUGUUUUUUCUCCUCUGUUUUUUUUCCUUCUUCUAUUCUCUUCUUCUUUUUCUGUUUUUUCUCCUCUGUUUUUUUUCCUUCUUCUAUUCUCUUCUUCUUUUUCUGUUUUUUCUCCUCUGUUUUUUUACCCUCAGUUUUUUUCACCUCUGUUAAUUGCUCUGUUUUUUUCUCCUCUGUUUUUUCCUCUGUUUUUUUUUCUCUGUUUGGACCAGUGAGACAGUGGUUGUUUUGCUCCUAUUUUUUCUGUUCAAUAAUUGUUUAAAUUUUGUUAUACAAUUAUAAACAAUAGGUUCAAAUUCAAUGGAAUCGUCGGACGCUAGCAAAAAAGACAUAGGUUGGAAUUAUGGUGCCAAAGGCCCAACAAAAGAUUCAGUCACAUGUAUCUUUUGUCGAGAAACUUUCAAUGGCGGAAUUACUCGACACAAACAACAUUUGAUUGGUGGUUACAGAAAUGUAAAAAAAUGUGGAACUUGUCCUCCUGAAAUUAGGGAAGAAGUAAAAAAGUAUGUUGAAAGUAAACAGUUGUUAAAAACUCAAAUGUUGCACCAACCAUCCUUGGCUAAUCUCUCUGAUGAAGAUGAUGAAAUGAGGCCUCCUCCUUCAAAAACACAAAAAAUGUCAUCCAAUGCAUCAGCCACGGCACGGACUGCCAAUGUGAAAGGUCCCAUGAAUCUUUAUUACCCGCAAACAUCAAAGGGGAAGGGAAUCAGUAGCACGACAGCGUCUGAUGCAUCCAAGAAGUUGCUAAGAGAUCGCGCUGUAAGUGCUUUUGUAGUAUGGGUAUAUGAUGCAGGGCUCCCUUUUAAUUGUGUAAAUCACAAAAGUUUUGAUAAAUACAUUGAGGCCAUAGGACAAUAUGGCCCAGGAAUGAAACCUCCUACCUAUCACGAAAUUAGAGUUACUCAUCUAAAAAAAGAGGUGGAGAAGAUAGAUGAGAUUAUUGAGGAACAUAAAUUGAUAUGGACAGAGUUUGGGUGUUCAAUUAUGAUGGACAAGUGGACAACACGAAAUGGAAAAAUGAUCAUCAAUAUUUUGGUCAAUUCUCCAUUAGGUGGUGUGUUUCUUGGGUCAGUCGAUGCUAGUGAUGAAUCUACAAAUUCCACCAAGAUGUUCAACUUGUUUGAGAAGACUAUUAAGCAAGUUGGACCGGAAAAUGUUAUACAAGUUGUUACCGAUAAUGCUAGCGAGAAUGUUAAAGCCAGUGACAUGAUAAUGGGUGUGUACCCGCACAUUUACUGGACUCCAUGUGCUGCCCAUUGUAUCAAUUUGAUGUUUGGUGACAUCUUCAAAAUAAACCCGUAUGCUUCAGUUUUUCAGAAGGCCAUUAAGAUACAUUCUUACAUAGCAAUGAGACCAUUGUUGUUGAACAUGAUGAGAAGAUAUACAAACCAAAGAAAUUUGGUGAAACCGGCUAAGACAAGAUUUGCAACGGCCUUCUUAACUUUGCAAUCUUUUUACAUGCAAAAGAAAAACUUGAGAACUAUGAUCUUCUCAACCGAAUGGACAGAAAGUAGAUUUGCAAAGGAACUUUUGGGAAAAGAAGUUGUCAGACAUCUUACUUCUACAUCUUUUUGGAAUGAUGUUGUUAGGGCACUUAAAGUUGGUUCACCUUUGAUAGUAGCGCUUCGCUUGGUGGAUGGAGAAAAAAAACCAUCAAUGGGCUAUAUUUAUGAAGCAAUGGAUAGAGCCAAAGAAGCUAUUGAAAAGGGUUUUCAUGGUGAUCGGAAGCAAUAUGAGAAAGUUUUCGAAAUCAUUGAUCGGCGGUGGACGGACCAACUUCAUAGACCUUUGCAUCCAGCAGGCCAUGUUUUGAACCCGGGAAUGUUUGACACUAAUUAUCAAAAUAAGACUUUAUCAACAGAAGUGUGGAAAGGUUACCUUGAAUGUGUUGAUAAGAUGGUCCCUAAUGCAACACAAGAUGCUCUCAUCAAAGAGCUUCAUAUGUAUAAACAUGCAUUGGGGACUUUUGGUAUGCCUCAGGCUAUAAGAAACAGAGACAAAACAUCCCCUUGUAAGUGGGUUGAUUUAGUUAUUUUUAUAGCUUUACUUAAGUUAUUUGACUUAUUUAUAAUUAUUAAACCUUUAAUUUUUUUUAUAGCUGAAUGGUGGUCGGUAUUUGGUAAUCAUACUCCAAACUUGCAACAGCUUGCCAUAAGAGUAUUAAGUUUAACUUGUAGUGCAUCCGGAUGCGAGAGAAAUUGGAGCGUGCUUGAACAUAUUCAUACCAAAAAGAGGAAUAGGCUUGAACUAUCGCGUCUCAACAAUCUAGUGUACAUUAAGUACAAUAGAACAUUGAGGCGUCGUUAUGAUGUUGGCGAUACCGUUGAUCCAAUUCUGUUGGAUAAUAUUGACGAAGCAAAUGAAUGGUUAAUUGGAUGCCCCCAAAAUGAAGAAGAGGAACUAGUAUAUGAGGGAUGUGAUCUUGAUUGGGGUACUGUUUCUAGGGCGUCUGGAGUUGAGGAGAAUAUCUAUAGUCUUAGGGGCGGUUCUUCAAGUUCAAGGUCACAUAACAAGGGCAAAAGAGUAGCUACUAUUGCUACAAGCUCACUUCGCUCUCGGUGCUUAAUUGAUGAAAACUCCGAGUCCGAGACCGAGACCGAGACCGAGACCGAGCCCGAGCUCGAGGAGGAAGAAGAUGAGGAGCAAUAUAAUGUUGAGAAUCUUGGAUAUCAAGAAUUUGGAAAUCUUGAAGAUCUUGAAUUUGAAUAGACUUUUAGUAUUGCACUAUUGCUUUAAUUUUAGUAUUGCUUGUCUUGUCACUUAUGAAUUAUUGAGUCAUUUGACUCGUUCAAGUUCUAGACUUUUAGUAUCUACUAUCUACUUUUAAUUUUUGAAUUGAAAUAUUUGCUAAUAUGUUAUUGCUAGUGAGAUUUUGAUUAUUUACAUAUGCAAUUAAAUAUUUUAAUUUUUUGGUAUUUAUUGGCGCCGCACUUCAAAAAGGCGAGCGCCUCGCCGCGCGCCGCGCCUUAAGGCGAGGCAGGCCCUUGUCGCCUUUAGUCGCCGCGCGCCGUCCAAAACACUGUGUAGAAGACAUUUGGCUAAAUUUUAUUUCAUCUAUAGUUAUCUGGCAUAAAUAGAACUUUACCAGUCACUGUUUAUCUAAGUUUUCAGUUCCUUUAUGUUUCGAUAUUAUCUAGGUUGCUUUCUUUUUAAUUUGGUUAAUGGACUAGGCCUCUGAAGAUGUUAAGAUAUCAUCAACUUAUUUAUUUACUAAGUUCCAUUUUGCCGAAAAAUAAGUAGAUAAAUAAACGAGCUCAAUAGAAAUAUUAAGUACCAUGUGUGAAAAUUGUUAUACGCACCCUUUCACAGAGCCAAUACAUCAUACUCCCUCCGUCCCAAAAAGAUUGACACCUUUCGCUUUUCGAGAGUCAAACGAGUUGUUCUUUGAUUGUAAUUUUUUCAUACAUCUUUUAAACAUUUUAAAUUAUUAAUUAUGGUGACUUAUAGUACUUUUUUAUGUAAUUUUCAAAUAUGUAAAUUUUUUUUCGAAAAAAUAAAAGAUUCUAUGUUAAAUCACAUGAUCAAAGUUAAAAAGUUUGAGUCUCGAAAAGCGAGAAUGCCAAUCUUUUUGGGACAGAGGGAGUAAUAAAAGACCCUAAAAUGACCAAUCAUGUGUAAUAAUCAUAUGAACUACUCCCUCUGUCCCAAAAAGAUUGACACUUCUCGCUUUCCGAGAGUUAAACUUUUUAAUUUUUGACCGUGUGAUUUAACAUAGAAUCUUUUAUUUUUUAUUGAAAACUAUGUAAAAAGUACUAUAAGUCACCAUAAUUAAUAAUUUAAAAUAUUUAAAAGUCAUAUGAAAAAACUACUGGUCAAAGAAUAACUCGUUUGACUCUGAAAAAGCGAAAAGUGCCAAUCUUUUUGGGACGGAGGGAGUACUCAAUUUUACCUAUCUUAUUACAAUAUACCAGGAAUUAUGCACAAAACAUUUUAAUCAAAAUCAAUGAGAAUUCUCAAUCAUUGGUAAAAACAUAUAAUGGCUGUUGAAGAUUCAUUCUUUAAUCAUUUUACUUACCUCUGGUUGGUUGUGUCCUCUGGUUGAUUGGGUCAAAGGCAUAAACUUGAAAGUUGUUUCCUGAAAAAUACUCUUGCUUUUUUUGGAUCCCCUUAGCGAAUUCCACAAGGGAAGGAGUGCAUCCCUGUAACUCAAUUCGCUGCAGUGUCGUACUAUCUAGAAAUUCUUGAGGAAUCUCUUGUAAGGAACAACAGUUUCUGAUAAUUACGGUUUCUAGAAGUGGGAAAGAAUCAUCGGUGGACUUCCAGUAUUUAAGAUUCCUGUUCUCUAGGAGCAAGAAUUUCAAUUUAGGAAAUCCCUCUUCUGAUACUUCCCAGACAUUUUCCCCUACAUGCUCCCAACCAAAGGAGCAAUUAACCUUCAGUUUGAGCACCUCGAGUUUGGGCAACUUGCUAAUGAUUGACAUGGCCUUCCACGGUUGAUAAGCUCCUUGAAGUGUCAGCUUCUUGAGAUUCAGUGGGAAAGAACCCGGACAUGGAACUGGAAGCUUAUGAUGCCAAUAUAUUACGAUUUUUAGUGCCUCUAGCUCCUGUAAAUCUAUAAUAUUAUCUAGGGAUUUGGGACAGAAGUCAUCAAUUGUGCCAUAAAUUCCCAAUUUUUCCACUUUUUUAAUCCCUUUAAACACUUGUUUUGUGCAACAAUCAGGACG